GAGAGAGAGAAAAAACCAACGAACCCGCCGAGAUUUUACAGCCAUACCCCGCACGCCGCGCAGAUCUUUUCUCCUCCUCCUCCGCCUCCCUUGACUUUCCCCACGGCGAUCACCACCGCCACCGCCUGCCGCCGAUGGACGACGAGGAGGCUCUUCUAGGGGACGGGGACGGGGACCAGGAGCGGGACCGGAGGCUGGCGUCGUCGCUGACGGCGCGGUACUCGGACUGGGUGGUGGAGGCGCUGGACGAGCUGCCGGGGAGCUUCCUCCUCACCGACCCGGCCAUGCCGGGCCACCCCAUCGUCUACGCCUCCGGGGGCCUCGCCGACCUCACCGGCUACGCGCGCGGGGAGGUCGUCGGCCGCAACGCGCGCCUCUUCCAGGGCGCCGCCACCGACCGCGCCGCCGUGGCCGGGGUGCGCGAGGCCGUCCGGGGCCAGCGCGCCCACCAGGUCGCCAUCCUCAACUACCGCCGCGACGGGACCCCGCACUGGGUGCUGCUCCACCUCGCGCCCGUCUUCCACGCCGCCGACGGGCGGGUGCUCCACUUCCUCGCCGUGCAGGUGCCCAUCGCGCCGCCCGCGGCCCGCCGUCCCCCGCCACCGGUGCUGUUCCCGGCGUGCCGCGAGGAGGCCAGGGUGGACGAGGAGUGCCCCUGCGCGAGCCACGCGGGGGAGGUGUUCGUCGAUGUGGAUAAGAGAGGGCUGGAUACUGAGGAACCGCGGGUAGCUAGUGAACAUGACAAAGAGAAAGCACUGAGCACAGCUAACAGCAUCUUCUCUGCUUUGAACCGCUACAGCAAACUGACUGGUCUAGUGGUCUGCGGGAAGAGAUGCGAUUCUGUUGGCAUCCCAGCACUCAGUUCUUCCUUAAAUCUUUCUCUCGGUAGAAUCAAACAAAGCUUUGUAUUGACUGACCCCCAUUUGCCUGACAUGCCUAUCGUCUAUGCUAGUGAUGCUUUUCUCUCACUAACAGGUUACUCAAGAGAAGAAAUAUUGGGCUGUAACUGUAGGUUCUUGAAUGGUCCUGGUACUAGUAUGGAGGUUAUUGAGGAGAUAAAUCAACAUAUUUGUUCUGAGCAGGCUUGCACGGUUCAUCUACUAAACUACAGGAAAGAUGGAAGGUCGUUCCGUGAUCUUCUACACAUAUCUCCUAUACGAAAUGCAUCGGGCAAGGUCGCUUUUCAUGUGUGGGUUCACCUUGAUGAGGGUGCAAAAUAUGAUUUUAAUGGGCUGAGCCCCGAGGUAUGGCAGCUUGGUGCUGUUGGUGCUGUGAGAGUUGCAGUCAGAAGCUUGUCUGCGUCAGGAAGCUUGUUGAGACCGUCCCAAUAGCAUUUUCGAGUUUCUUGCCAUUUUACGACUUGUCGACUUGCCAAUGUACAUCGAGUUGCCUGUUUGUCUGUAAAGUAAAUUGCCUGGUGGAAAAUUUUCAGCUCAUUUGUUCGCGUAAAAAGGCGGGUAUAUACAUGACGGUUUUGUAAUUAUGCAAAAUGAAGGAAGGGGAGGAAAGUGCUCAUUUCGAUAUGAAGAGAAGUGGUUCUGAUGACAGAGCUCUACAUA